UUCAUUUUUUUUUUUAUUUUUUUUUUUUUUUAUUAAUAUUCGAGUGUUAUUAUACGCGAGAAGCCAUAUCGUCGUCGUCGUCGUCGUCGUCAUCGUUGUCAUCGUUGUCGAUAUCAUCGUCGGUGACUAAACAUCACUGGUUUGGUUUAUUCUCCGAUUAGAGAAAAUUUCUCUCUAGAAAGAGAGAGUCUCGCUUGAAAGUGCAUCAUUCUUUUUGUUUGAGAAGCCUAAGAGGAAGGUUUGUCGGACGAGAGAUCUUUGUUUCUUAGUGUUACUUAUAUCAAUACUCGGCAACAGAUAUAUAAUUAUUACAGUUUUGAAACAUACGGUGAGAAGAAAGUCGACCGGUCGAAAGGUCAAGUGCAUAAAACGGAAAAGAAAGAGAGAAAGAAAUAUAUAAUUUUGCAAAAUAUCUCCUCUUUAUUAUAAUUCAAGGCUGACUUCUUUCUCAUAAGGAAAAAAGAAAGAAGAAAAGCGUAUGUAUGCCUGUGUAUGCGUGCAUAUAUAAAAGGGUAAUAUAUAUAUAUAUUAUAUAUAUAUAUAUAUAUAUAUAAAGUUAUAUAUAUAUAAAAAAAGAGAAAACCAAAAAAAUAAAUCGCGAUGAAGCUCGAGGGAAACUGCUCGAAGGACGACGAUGCCAAUGGGAUAUUAUUACAAUCCAGGAAAAAUUCAGCUGUUCGGUUGCAAGUUAUACCAGCGCCGCCAAAAACUAUCACUCAUUUACCAAAGAGGCCACCAGUAGAUUUGGCCUUCUCUGAUCUCGUUUAUAAAGUUCGAGAAGGACGCAAAAACAAUGUAAAAACAAUCUUAAAAUCUGUGAGCGGAAGACUCCGUUCUAGCGAGUUAACAGCCAUUAUGGGACCAUCAGGUGCUGGAAAGUCGACUCUUUUGAAUAUACUCACUGGAUAUAAAUCGGCAGGAGUAGAAGGAAGUAUAACGAUGAAUGAACAAGAAAGGAAUUUAAGUGUCUUUAGAAAACUCUCUUGCUACAUCAUGCAAGAUAAUCAGCUUCAUGGCAAUUUAACUGUCGUCGAAGCUAUGAAGGUCGCUGCAAAUCUUAAACUUGGUAAACACGUUCCGAAAGAAGAGAAAGAAGAAGUGAUACAAGAAAUAUUGGAAACACUCGGUUUAUCCGAGCACAAACAUACUAUGACCUUGAAUUUAAGCGGUGGUCAAAAGAAAAGACUUUCGAUCGCCCUUGAACUUGUCAAUAAUCCUCCUGUUAUGUUCUUCGAUGAACCCACGAGUGGAUUGGAUUCGUCAUCUUGUUUUCAAUGUAUAUCCCUCUUGAAAACACUGGCUCGUGGUGGGAGAACAAUCAUUUGUACGAUUCAUCAGCCAAGUGCAAGAUUAUUCGAAAUGUUCGAUGCUUUGUACACCCUAGCCGAAGGUCAAUGCGUUUAUCAAGGAUCUACAUCUCAGCUCGUAUCAUUCUUAAGAAUAAUUAAUCUCAAUUGUCCAAGUUAUCAUAACCCAGCAUCUUUCAUAAUCGAAGUCGCUUGUGGGGAAUACGGUGAUAAUUUGAAAAAUUUGGUGAACGCGAUAAAAAAUGGAAAAUAUGAUAUACGCGAGGGUCAUCCAUUUCCUGAUAUUAAAAAUGAUGGUUUGAAUAAUAGCGGAGCGAACUCGAAUUUCGAGAAGGACAUAGAAAUAAUUGGGAAUGCACGAGAAGUGGUUAAAGAUAAAAAUGAUGUCAGUAAUAUCGAGGAAAAAUUUCCAGAGAAUGAACAAACAAAGGAAGUUAAUAACGGUGGAAUUAUUCCAAGUUAUACCACGAAUGACAUUAUCAAGCAAGCUAACGAUGUAACAAUAUCUAUUUCUAAUGAAAAAGAUAACGUCAAUGCGGCACUUCUCGAUAAUACGAUCAUCGUUACACCGGAAAGAUAUCCUACCUCAGAAUUCGUACAAUUCUGGAUCGUUUUAAAGAGAACGUUACUUUUCAGUCGAAGAGAUUGGACUCUGAUGUAUCUUCGUCUAUUUGCACAUAUUCUGGUAGGCUUUUUGAUAAGUGCCCUUUAUUAUGAUAUUGGUAAUGAUGGUGCUAAAGUACUAAGCAAUCUUGGAUUUUUAUUCUUCAACAUGUUAUUCCUUAUGUACACGUCCAUGACAAUUACAAUUUUAUCCUUCCCGUUAGAACUUCCAGUACUUCUCAAAGAAAAUUUUAACAGGUGGUACUCCCUGAAAGCGUAUUAUUUGGCCAUCACUUUGUCGGACAUACCUUUUCAAACCAUCUUUUGUAUAAUCUACGUAACAAUCGUUUAUUUCUUAACGAGUCAACCAGCCGAAAUGAUGAGAUUCAGCAUGUUCCUAAGUGCCUGCCUGUUGAUAUCAUUCGUCGCACAAUCUGUAGGUCUUGUUGUUGGGGCUGCCAUGAAUGUACAAAAUGGCGUAUUUUUAGCGCCAGUAAUGUCAGUACCAUUUCUACUAUUUUCGGGUUUCUUCGUCAGUUUCGACGCUAUUCCUGUUUACCUUAGAUGGAUAACCUAUCUUAGUUAUAUCAGAUAUGGUUUUGAAGGAACAGCAUUAGCCACUUAUUCGUUUGCACGAGAAAAACUUAAAUGCUUCCAGGUAUACUGCCACUUUAAAAAUCCAGAAACGACGUUGGAGGAGCUCGACAUGCUUGAUGCUGAUUUCACUUUGGACAUUCUUGCACUUCUUUUGAUAUUCGUUAUUCUACGAAUCACUGCGUAUCUAUUUCUUCGUUGGAAAUUAAAAUCAGCCCGAUAAUAAUUAAUAAAUUUAUCAUUUGUAUUUUCUUUCAAAUUCAUGAUCUCGACGAUAGUCUAAAGAUUACGAAAGAAAUACAUUCCUCGUUCUACGAUAAGAUCGGAAGAUCGAUCAAUAUGACUUUGCCAAUGGUAUCAAAUAUAUUUCGAAUUUGUGAACAAUUACAUUUUGACGAUCUUUUGGUUCGCUUGCCGAUACUACUUCACGUAGAAAUGUAGAAGAUAAUCUACUGUAUGUAAUGAACGAGAGAAGAUCGUGCCGAAAUGAAAUCGAGAAAAAUAUAACAACGAGAUCCAUAACCGUUUGAUUGCAAAUGCCGUAUCAUUGAGAGAUUUUUUAUACGAUACGUACAACAACCUGUGAUCUUUCUAUCUAGGUAAAUAUCAUAUUAACAAAA